CCGCGCCGACGCGCGUGCAUGGAUCCCGCGAGACCGUUUUCGACGUGCGUGAGAGAAACUCGCGCGACGCGCGCGAUGCGACGUCGCGCGCGACGCGGCGGCGCGGGCGCGCGACGCGGCGGCGCGAUGGAUGACGAUCGAUUUGAGAUUUCGCGAGCUGUCGAGUGAUUAAAAAUAAAACGACGACGCGAAGACGCGGACGCGCGACUGACGAGGGCGAGGGCGAGGCGAACAGGACGGUGGUCGUGCCGCUCGAGGACGAGAGACGCGCGAGGGCCGUGGGAGGGGCGCUCGGGGUGGAUAAGGAGUUGCAACCGAGGGUGGUGCGAAAGACGGUGACGACGCGCGAGAGGGAGAACGGGGACGGUUGGGAGGUCGUCGCGACGUUCGAGGCGAGCGAGUUGAAGGCGCUGAGGAGUGCGGUGAGUGGGUAUUACGAUUUGUUGACGGUGAGCGUGCGGACGGUGGAGGCGUUCGAGGAGGAGAUUUGAAUCGGCGGUACGGGCGAGAACGGGCGAGAUGCCGACGCGCGAGUAUCAGAUGAGCGAUUAUCACACGUACGAGGCGAUCGGGAAAGGGAAGCACAGUACGGUGUAUAAGGGGCGACGGAAGAAGUCGAUUCAGUACUUUGCGAUGAAGAGCGUGGAGAAAGGACAGAGAAAUCGAGUGAUGCACGAGGUGCAAGUGAUGAAGGCGUUUUCCCACGAAAACGUGUUGAAAUUCAUCGCGUGUUACGAGACGCAAAAUCAUCUGUGGUUGAUUCUGGAAUACUGCGUCGGAGGUGAUUUGUUGACGCUGCUGUCGCAAGAUCUCAAGCUUCCCGAACCUUCCAUCAUGACGUUCGCGCGCGAUAUGUUCGUCGCCGCGCGAGAGUUGCACAGUAAAGGACUGGUGCACUGCGAUUUAAAGCCAAGUAACAUGUUGCUCGACGAAGAAGGGCGGAUUAAGAUUUGCGGAUUCGGACUCAGUCGCAAGGUUUCCACUGUCGUGGCGUCUUCGGGUACGCCCACGCAGCUGUCGCGUCGAGGGACACCGUGUUAUAUGGCUCCGGAGAUGUUUACACAAGAGGGCGUGCACUCGUACGCGACGGACUUGUGGGCGUUGGGGUGCGUGCUGUAUGAGUGCGCCACCGGACGACCCCCGUUCACGAGUACGUCGUUGACAUCAUUGAUCGAACAGAUUUUAGAGCACGAGCCCGCACCGUUGCCCGCGGCGUAUGGUACGACGUUUAAGAAUUUGGUCUCUGGGUUGCUCAUCAAGCGCCCGCACGCUCGUUUGACGUGGGACCAAGUCAUUAACCAUGAAUUUUGGACCGAGCGCGGAGGGCAAUACUUGGACGAUCUUGGUGACUUAGUGACGCUUAGACUCCCACCGCAGCCUUCAUUCGACGCGCUCGCGGCUAAACUGAAGAGCGAGGAUUUGGCGGCGAGACUGCGAAUGCUUGGAAACGCAAGAGCGUCGGGGGCGGUGGACGUGCGCGAUUCUUUCAUGCCCGUCUUGACGCAAAGUUUACGAGAUAGCGUAAACGUCUCGCGACUGUCGAGGAUUGCGCGUUCAAAUUUGGAGCGAGAAGAAGUCGGUUCGUACGCGCCUAGCGGUGCUGCAGCUAUCGAAGGCGACCCCUUGCAAGUCGCUGCCAUUCACGAAGACGUGGAGUUGGAGAAUCCAGACGCUGAGCUCAACUUCACCGCUCCGAGCGGGAACGACGAUUUGGACGUGGACAUGGAAACCGAAGACGUUAUCAUACCUUCAGCUCCCAAAACGCCUCCUAGGGGAGGUCGUCGUGGUGACGAUGAUUACGCAGAUGAAAACAGAGCAGAGAACUUUGCCGAUCCCGCUGAGUCGUUUGGUGACGAGAUGCAGUCGGACAGCGAUGACGCAACUCGCAUCGUGCUCACACCUCCGACCGCGGACGCUAUGUUAGUAGACACGCGUUCGCCGGCUUCGACGAGUCGCUCGUUACAGACGGCAGAUGAUGAGUUCGAAGAAACGUCGUCUUCGAUGCGUCGCUUGGCGCCGCUUCCGGCGGAGACGCCGGCGGUGAUCGGGAGGACAGAAAGUAGGAUGCCUUCGCUGGCGGCAAGGAAUGAUGUGCUGGCAAAAAGUGUCGAUUACGACAAGUUCAAGAAGCUGUGCACGCAUUCGACCGAUUUGACCGUGCGACCCAUCGUGUCCAAUCACAGAAUUGAAGUGGUGAAAGACGCGCCUCACGAUCCAGAAAAGUUGCCCUUCAAAGAAUUGAGCGUGGACAAAAUGUUGGCGACUUCUCAGAGCGAGCUCGAAGCGUUUCUGACUCGUAUUUACCGCUCCGUGGCGCACCCUUCAAACGUUCAAGAAAAAGUUAACACUUUGGCUUAUUUCGAGACGUUGUGCACCGAGGCGUCGAGCGCGAACGUCUUGGCGAAUUCAUCCUUGAUGUCAAUGUUCGUCCGAGUGCUCGGUAGCAGCAAAUCUCCACCGUUGAAGAUCAAGCUUUGCAGCAUCAUGGGCUUGUUGAUGCGACAUGCGACGCAUAUUAGCGAUGAGUUCGCGAAGAGUGAGGCUGCAAAAGUACUGGCGGGCACUAUGAGCGACGAAAACUCUCGCGUGAGACGCCGAGCUAUGGCGGCGCUCGGGGAACUGUCGUUUUACGUCGCGACGCAGCAGAGGCCAGACGCAUCACAAGUAUGGGGUAUCACCGACAGUGUGAUUGAGGUCUUCAUCAAGACGUUAGAAGAGGAAGAAGAUGAAAUUACUAAGCACUACGCGUGCAAGAGCAUCGAGAACAUAGUCUCUCACGAGGGCUCAACGUGGAUACAAGACGCAUUCGCGGAGUGUCGCGUCGUAAGUGUUUUGUUUUCAAUCGCGACGAAUGACGCCGUAGACGACCAGCUUCGUGGUACUUCGGCAAGUGCGCUCGCAAGAAUCGUUCGGCUCAAGUCGGAAACGCUUCACCCACUGGUCGGCGAAGAGGAUUGCGAUGGUUCAAAUGCACGCGAUGGCCUGGUGAAAAUGCUUAGAGAUCGUGAGAGAAAAGUACAACAGGCGGCACUCAACGUGUUGUGUAGAGCGCUGGUGGAUGAAAAGUCGCGCUUGAUUGCCACUAUCAUGGAAGUUCAAACGCUUUUGCCCAUUCUUGCUGGAUUGUACGAGCGAAGUCAAACGCCCAUCAUCAAAGCCAAGUCGUUGCUCGCGAUGGCGCUUUUGAUUCGCGCGCAUCCAAAAUGGUUGCAAUCGCUUUGCAAGGCGCGCGUUUUGCCGAUGUUGGAUCGUCAACCGACGCAAAUGGACCCUUAUUUACAAGAAUGUUUCGAUACGUUCGUCACCACCGUUGUGGCCCUCGUGCCGGUCGUGAACACUGGUAUCUUGCAGUACGUCGAGCGAUCGCUCUCCACGGGAUUGUCAUCGGAAAACGCCAUGCGACCGCAAGCGUUUGAGUUAUUUCCUGUGCUCAUUCAUUUGCUGCAAUCGACUGUCAUGCGACCAAAAGUAUUGACCAGUGCGUUUGUGAUCGACAUUGCGAAGUACAUUCGCGCCGCUGAGGCUGAAGAGGAUUACCCUGGUCGCGACGAGCUUCGCGUGGGAGUUAUGGCGUUGCUCGAGACGUGCGCACAGUGUACGAAUGAGUUGAUUCAUAAGGUUGAUGCGUUGACGCGUCACUUAUUACCGGCGCUGUGCGACUUACUCGAAGGAAGUGCGCACGUUGAAACUCGUUUCUUGGCGCUGAAGCUCAUCUACGAACUCUUGCUGCCAUUGCGUUUGGAUUUGGAUAUCGCCACGCAAAGCGGUCUCGAUCGAAAAGUCGUUGCGCACCACUUGGACCAGCUCUUGAUGCAAGACUUGUUCCCGAUGUGCCCUGCGUUGAUCGAUAGUGAAGACCCAAUCCCAUUGUACGCUUUGAAACUUCUCAGCGGCACGCUGGAGAUUGAGCCCGCGCUUUGUCGCGAAAUCAUCGCCUUGGGUUUGGCGCCAAGAUUCUUUGAGUUUCUCUCGCUCGAGCACACGAACAACAACGAGCACAACAUACAUCUGUGUCUCGCCCUCGCUCGAUGCAAAGCGCUCAGCACGCAAUCAUUGUGGGACUUCGACGCCCCUGCGAAAGUCGCGCAAGUAUGUGCGUAUAGCUACGAGCGAAACGUCACGCAGUUUGUCGAGCCCGCGCUCGGCAUCGCCGCCACCCUCCUUCGCCGCGCCGCCGCCGACGCGCCUCGCGCCGCCGGAGACGCCGUCCCAUCCGAAAUCACCCCUCUCCUCGAGGUCGCGCCGACGCUUCGUCGGCUUGCAGCGACCAUACCCGACGGUGCGCUCGCGCGCGAUAUCACUCAUUCCCUCGACACCUUCAACGCGCAUUAAUUGUAACACAGAACUCGCACGCGAGUCAACAGCACGCUGUCAACUCACACACAGAUGCUCAUUCGGUCAACAAUCGACCGCACACCACGCGCGCGUCGCCGCACGACGUCGAGCGACACAGGGAGCCGUAACGGAACCGCACGGAACGUCACCUUCCGCCGCGCGCGAACGCUCGCGAUAGACAACCGACGCGCGCGUUGUCGCAACGUCGACCGGGACACGAAGCGUUUUUUCAACCGUCGCGCGCCUUCGCGUCAUCAUGCCUCGAGAUCACACCCGCGACGCCAAGCCGUGGACCGCGGAGGAAGAUGCAGCGUUGUUGACGCUACAAGGCGCGCAUGGGAACAGAUGGAGCGAGAUCGCGCGCGCGAUGGGCACUCGGAGU